AUGUCUUUCAUAUUUCUUACAACUAUAAUAAGCAAAUUAACAACUAUACGUGAACUAGUAUUUUACUCGGAUGAAGAUUACUUCAUUAUUGAUACAAGAUUGGUGUCUGUGGAUAAUUUUGCCAAGUAUCAAGAAGAACAAGGUGUAUACAAAUGCUCGAAUUGUCCCAGGCAGUAUAAGUAUAAAUACACCCUGAAAAGACACAUUCGAUACGAGUGUGGCAAGCAAAGGAUGUUUCCUUGUAAUCAGUUUCAUCCAGAAAUGCAGAAGUUGCCAACGCUAGGAUUGUCCGAAACUACAUCCUUCGGGUCAUUACCCGAGAAAUUUCUCCAAUCAACUCUAAUAAGACACAACCCACUUCAAAAUCAACAGCAGCAAUCUCCUUUAUUUUAUUGUGAAAGAUGUCCAUCUUCUUUUACCAGAAAAUGGAAUUUGAAACAACAUAUACAAUUCGAAUGUGGGAAUAAAGCACCUCAGUUCCAAUGCGAUUUGUGUAGUUUUCGGACAAAAUAUAAAAGAAAUGUUAAAUCGCAUUUUAUGACAGUUCACUUGGCACAACCAUCGAUCGAUUUGAAAGCUAUCAAUAAUGAUGUUACCCUGUUUUGGAUAUCAGAAAUGGGCAUCGGCCAACAAUCGGAGAACCAGGUGAUGUACGGUUGUUCCAGGUGUGGACAUGCUUACAAACAAAAAUAUAACAGAGAUCGACAUGAAAAAUACGAAUGUGUCGGGAUCCAACCUCAGUUUAAAUGUGACCAAUGCUCUUCUGGCUACUUCAAAGGUAUGUUUCCAUUUGAACCUCGCCGAGCCCGACCAACAAAUUCUUCACAAUCUGGAGAAAGGCAUUGCUGUUUUAUGUGUGGAAAAAAUUAUUUUGCUGAGAUUGGAUCAAAUGUAGCACCUGGAAGAGAAUUUUGUUGUCAACGCUGCGGAAAUUCAUAUGUUAAUAAGACAUCUUUGCUUAGGCAUUUGAAAUAUGAAUGUGGAAUUCAGAGGAUGUUCAAAUGUUCAUAUUGUAAUACUGCAACUUUUAGGCAUAAACAUCAUCUAAAAACUCACAUGGAACGUAAACAUCCUGGUCAAGAUGUCUUCCCGAAAACUGAAGUUGACGAUUUAUCCGACGAAAAUCCCGACGACGAUGAAGAAAAGCCAUGCGACUUGCGAGUUUUUCUAUCAAGUGCCCAAUCUCAAGGGCAAUCAUCAGGUGCGUUCCGUUCACCUUCUUCCGGUGCCGGACUUUUGUCCCAACCUUCGACCUCCCAGCAGACGGUCGUUGUUCCGGGAGGUGCAUUUACCUGCCGCCGUUGCGUUCAUCCAGAAAUGCAGAAGUUGCCAACGCUAGGAUUGUCCGAAACUACAUCCUUCGGGUCAUUACCCGAGAAAUUUCUCCAAUCAACUCUAAUAAGACACAACCCACUUCAAAAUCAACAGCAGCAAUCUCCUUUAUUUUAUUGUGAAAGAUGUCCAUCUUCUUUUACCAGAAAAUGGAAUUUGAAACAACAUAUACAAUUCGAAUGUGGGAAUAAAGCACCUCAGUUCCAAUGCGAUUUGUGUAGUUUUCGGACAAAAUAUAAAAGAAAUGUUAAAUCGCAUUUUAUGACAGUUCACUUGGCACAACCAUCGAUCGAUUUGAAAGCUAUCAAUAAUGAUGUUACCCUGUUUUGGAUAUCAGAAAUGGGCAUCGGCCAACAAUCGGAGAACCAGGUGAUGUACGGUUGUUCCAGGUGUGGACAUGCUUACAAACAAAAAUAUAACAGAGAUCGACAUGAAAAAUACGAAUGUGUCGGGAUCCAACCUCAGUUUAAAUGUGACCAAUGCUCUUCUGGCUACUUCAAAGGUAUGUUUCCAUUUGAACCUCGCCGAGCCCGACCAACAAAUUCUUCACAAUCUGGAGAAAGGCAUUGCUGUUUUAUGUGUGGAAAAAAUUAUUUUGCUGGGAUUGGAUCAAAUGUAGCACCUGGAAGAGAAUUUUGUUGUCAACGCUGCGGAAAUUCAUACGUUAAUAAGACAUCUUUGCUUAGGCAUUUGAAAUAUGAAUGUGGAAUUCAGAGAAUGUUCAAAUGUUCAUAUUGCAAUACUGCAACUUUUAGGCAUAAACAUCAUCUAAAAACUCACAUGGAACGUAAACAUCCUGGUCAAGCUGUCUUCCCGAAAACUGAAGUUGACGAUUUUUCCGACGAAAAUCCUGACGACGAUGAUGAAAAACCAUGCGACUUGCGAGUUUUUCUAUCAAGUGCCCAAUCUCAAGGGCAAUCAUCAGGUGCGUUCCGUUCACCUUCUUCCGGUGCCGGACUUUUGUCCCAACCUUCGACCUCCCAGCAGACGGUCGUUGUUCCGGGAGGUGCAUUUACCUGCCGCCGUUGCGACUUCAAAAAUAUAUGGUCUUUGGCAACAGGCGGUGAUCUUCUGAAGCAGACCACAUCAUCCGACUUCGCCUGUCCUAUGCCUGGUUGCAGUCGCAGGUACCUCAACAAGCACUCACUCCGAAGACACAUGAAAUACGAGUGUGCUGAUAGGAAGCAGCACGUUUGUCCAUUAUGUCAAAGAAGAUUUUCACAUGGGUUUGUAGCCGUUAGACAUCUGGUUCUAGUCCAUAAGUUUGAUAAGCAAAAUGCCUCUAUGAUGAUGAUGCCUAGGGCUCCUGAAUUGUAUUGA